AUGGGUCAAUCACAGAGUGACGUGGAUAAGGAAGUGACUCUUCAAAACAUCCAGGAGCUCUACCGUAAGUUUGCAAGUGAAUGUCCGAGCGGUAAUCUGCACCUACAUGAAUUUAAGAAAAUCUUUGGAGUCACCUGCAAGUCCUCAGAAGAAGAAGCUGCAUAUAUGGAAAAUGUGUUUCGAUCAUUUGAUACAAAUAAGGAUGGUCACAUAGACUUCAUGGAAUAUGUGGCAGCAGUGCAUCUCGUUCUUCGUGGAAAACUCGAGGACAAACUGAAAUGGUCUUUUAAAGUUUAUGACAAAGAUGGAAAUGGUCGCCUGGACAGGCAGGAAGUGAAACACAUUGUCAAAAUCAUCAGCAAGUUAAAGAGACACAAAAAUCCAGGUGCCACUGAGAAUGUUGAUGAUAUCUGCGAAAGAAUAUUUGAACUGGUGGACGUAAAUAAAGACAGUCAGAUUUCAUUGGAGGAAUUUCUCGCCGGGGCUGAAAAGGACCCUUGGGUGAUGGAUCAGCUCAAACUGGACAUCGAGCCCUGUGGUUGGUUCAUUGUGCAGCAAGAAAAGAAACCCUGA